AUAAUCAGCUGGCAGAUCGGCUCGAAGCUAAGGACAGAACGGUGUUGCCAACACGGCAACGCUGCUCAGCGUACGCGCCCUCUGCAAGCAUCGCCUAGCAAUACUCAUUGCGGUCGACCAGCCCGUCCUCCUCAGUUAGUCAGUGACGAGAUUUCGCGGUCGAUGGCAAUUGUUGUCGCGACGUGCAGGCGUCCUGGCGGCGCCCUACCGCCGUGCUGUGCCCCCCAGCUUCAGGUGUCCCUUGUUGUGCCUCCCGUCCGAAAUCCGGACACGCUCUUGGAUGUAACAGCUAAAAAAGUCGCGGAAACAAUCCCCUUCGCGAAAAUCGAAGAACGAUACGAUCGGAUCCCGGAACCGGUACAACGAAGGAUUGUAUUUUGGUCGUUUCCCAGAAAUGAGCGAGACAUUUGUAUGUAUUCCAGUUUAUCGCGAGUUCAUGUGAAUAGCGAACCUCAAAAUCUUGCUUUUUGCAAAGGUUUAAAACUACUAGAAACGGGUUGUGUGGAUAAUGUGCUCCAAGUUGGUUUUCACUUGAGCGGUAUCGUGACAGCUGUUCGAACCUCACCACCAACCACAUUACCUUGCGGCGCCCCCGAACCCCCUCACAAAUAUAAAGUUUCAGUGAGUUUUGAUAGGUGCAAGAUUACGUCAGUGACAUGCACGUGUGAAACUCGCGACAUAUUUUGGUGUCAACAUGUGGUCGCUUUAUCUCUUUACCGAAUACGAAAUGCUGAAAGCGUCAGACUCAGAGUUCCUAUCUCCGAAACCCUGCUGCAAAUGGAUCGCCAGCAACUUCAAAAGUUUAUACAGUACCUGAUAGCAGAACAUCACACAGAAGUUUUGCCGACUGCACAGAAGUUAGCUGAUGAAAUUUUGCAACAGCGAAGCGAAAUCAAUCAAAUUGCUGGCGCUCCAGAUCCUACUGCGGGUGCUGCAGCUGAUGAUGUUCAUUCGUGGCACUUAGAUGAAAGUCAAGUGUGCGAACAAGUAAGGUCUUAUUUAGCCCAAGGAGCAUACUAUAAUGCAAACAAGCAAUUGAACUCACUCUUUUCCAAGGUUCGAGAAAUGCUGCGAGCUCAAGAUUCUAAUGGGGCCCGCAUGCUUACGCUAAUCACUGAACAGUUUCUAAGUGACCCUCGAUUACAAAUGUGGAAAAAUCAGGGGACGUCGAUGACCGAUAAAUGUAGACAACUUUGGGAUCAAUUAGGUUCGCUGUGGGUCUCGAUAGUGCUAAGCCCAGGAUGUACUUUUCAUGAAAAAGCACAAUGGAAAAUACUUUUAGAGAAAUGGAGUAAUAUAGACGUGUGCCCUCCAGAAGAUCCAGAUUUCAAAGUGCAACAAACCAACGGACAUCGAGAUUCGUAUCGCGAUAGGGAUCGUCACUACUAUGAGCGAGAUCGAGACAGAUACGCAGAUCGCGAGAGGGACAGAAGAGAUAGGCGGGAUCGUGACAGAGAGAGAGAAAGAGAUAGAAAUAGGAUUAACAAUGAAUCGUCUGAUAGUUCAAAUUCUGAUGAUGAUGAUGAUGAGGCUCCAAGUUAUAGCCAAAGAGGAAGCAAGAGACUGAAACUCUCAGGAAACCAUUCUAAGUCAUUGAAUAAGCCAGUGUUACCAAGAACAAUUUUUCAUAGAGCUUUAGAUGCUGUAAGUAUGUCGUGGGACAACAUGCACCUGAAGAAUAUUUUAUCUAGUGAUACUUACUGUUCGCACGUUCCAGACAUUUCCAAUUCUAGUGGUAGUUUUAAUUCUCAGGGACAACCUUUGUGGCAUGAACCUGUUCCACUUUGCGCUGCUCGAGUAGACUCUUUACGUUCCCACGGGCACAUGGAAGCUGCUUUACGUCUGGCAGUGUCUGUGGUUAGAACCAUGAAACAGCAACAGUUGGCAGCGCAACGUCGAUGGCACGAAAGUCAGCAGCAGCAGGCUUCUUCAUCUAACAGUUCAAAUCUAGUUAAAGCAUGCACAUCUAGAUGUCAGGGUUCCUGCAUGGGCAAUGCUUGUUCCACUAGUUUAAAUGCGCCCGCAAACACAGAUGGUUGGGUAGGGCAUCCUCUAGAUCCUAUUGGUUGUCUUUUUGAUACUUUGUCGGAUGCUUCCAUAAUUCCAGACGAUCAAAGACCGAGGACGCCCAGUUAUCUAGAUUUGAUAGGAAUGGAAGAUCAACACGGUAACAUCAGACCUCGUUAUCAUCAUGUACCUGUUGUUGGAACACGUGAUCGUUCUGAGACAUAUUUAACUCUAGCUUUUGAAGUAGCUCUGAUUGGACUGGGCCAGCAGAGACUGAUGCCAGUUGGUUUAUAUGCCCAGGAGAAAUCUUGUAAACAAGAAGAUCGAUUAAUAGCUAAAUUGCAGGAUAUUGAAUUGGAUAAUAGUUUGGUUGCAGUUCUGAGAAGGCAAGCCAUAAUUUUACUAGAAGGCGGCCCUACGAGCGGUUUAGGGAUUGGCAUUCAUCCAGAAUCGAUUCCCAUGCAUACAUUUGCCAGGUUUCUGUUCCUUUCUCUCCUUAACUAUUACCCUGAUUUGGCGUAUGAAGUAGGCCUCCGAGCAAUGCGAUUGCCUCUUUUAGAAGAACAUGAAGACUCUGACGACCCUAUAGGAGGAGGGAGUAGUGGAGGUUCCCUAGCAUUGGGUCGGUCACCUCGAUGGUACACUCUAGGCCAUAUUGAAAGUCAACAGUGUGCUCUUAGUUCCACUAUGCUUAGUGCCGCUAAAGGAGAAGUAAUGAGACUAAGAACUAUCCUAGAGUCAUCGCAAAGGCACAUCCAUAGUUCUUCUCAUUUGUUUAAAUUGGCACAAGAUGCUUUUCGUUUUGCGACACCCGAAAGUGGACCUCGACAUCCCACACUCUUGAGUGUUGCAUUUGAGUUGGGACUGCAAGUGAUGAGAAUGACAUUAUCAUCUUUAAACUGGCGAAGACGUGAAAUGGUUAGGUGGCUCGUGACUUGCGCAACAGAAGUAGGCGCAGACGCUUUAAUGUCGAUCAUGCAAAAUUGGUACCAGUUUUUUACGGCGACAGAAGCCACUGGACCAGUAGCAACAACAAUAAUGUCUCAUAGCACUAUUGUGCGGCUAAAUUUGGGAUUUGCUCAGCAAGAGGAACUUUCGGGAUGCGCGAGAACGUUGGCCCUACAAUGUGCAACAAAGGAUCCGCCUAAUUGUGCCUUAAAUGCUCUUACUCUUUGUGAAAAUGAAGCACUGGCUUUUGAAACAGCUUACCAGAUCGUGGUUGAUGCAGCCUCUCACAUUAUGACUUCAUCACAACUAUUUACAAUUGCUCGCUAUAUGGAACAUAGGGGAUAUCCAACAAGAGCUUAUAAACUAGCUAUGUUGGCAAUGAAAAACGUACAUCUGGCCUAUAACCAAGACACUCACCCAGCGAUAAACGAUAUUCACUGGGCUUGCGCAUUGAGUCAUUCUUUGGGAAAGAAUGAAUUGAGCAAUAUGAUUCCCCUGUUGGUAAAAAAUGUACAGUGCGCGACUGUUUUGUCCGACAUAUUGAGGAGAUGCAGUAUGACAGCUCCCGGUAUUUCAUGCCCUCACCCAACUUCAUUAGAUUCUGGUAAACAUCAGUCACAUCAACAUAGAAGUAGAAGCUGUACUUCAGCUAUUAAACCCUUGUCAUACGAUCGUCCCCCGCUGCGACAGCUUUUGGAGGCUGCGGUUGCAGCUUACAUAAACACCACUCAUUCAAGAUUGACUCACAUUUCGCCAAGACAUUAUGGCGACUUUAUAGAUUUCCUCACAAAAGCCAGGGACACCUUCAUUUUAGCCCACGAUGGUCACGCCCAAUUUACACAGUUGAUUGAGAAUAUGAAGGUGGCAUAUAAAGGCAAGAAGAAAUUGAUGUUUCUUGUUAAAGAAAGAUUUGGCUGAUGACAGUUAAAGAGGUGUUGCGUGAAUCAGCCGCCUCUUUGUUGUAGAAGAUCGUAGGUAAUCCCACUUCUUGUAAUCAAUUACUUUAAAAAAUGAUAUACCAUUUUGUAAUAGUUUUUGCACAUUAGUUUUUUUUCAUCGAUUUUGUUCACAUUAACAUAUUUAUUCAUAAUUUUGUCUGGUUACACUCAAUGUGGAAUUGCACAAAGUUGGCAGUUGAUAAACUGAGGACAAUAAAUAUGAAUAAGACAAUCAAAUUAUUUUAUCAUUCUUAAUGUGAAGAAUUUUAAUUGAUAAAUGUAUCGUCCCAAAAGUGUGUACUAUUACGAAUGGUUAAGCAGUUUACAAUUAGUGGGAGGUUUCGUUUGUGACAAAUUUUCACAUUGCAUUUUUGUUAGACUGAUAUCCAGUUGCCUACUUAGUGAUAGAAUGUCGCGAAUUUCUCUCGUAGCCGUUUUAAUCAUAUACUAUGCAACUUCGAUCUCAUAAAUUUAUUGUUUUUAUACAAGUAUUAUUUUUAAGUAACUUAAUGUUUUUUUUUUGUUUUUUGAAGUUUUUUUGUUGUAUUACCAAAGAUUGUUGACUGUAUUAUAGUAUUUGUGUACAUACAUCACGCCGUAGUUGUAAGUACUAAUUGUGUGAAACUGGCAAAUUAACUAAGUAUUGUAUAAAUCAGUUGCCUUACCAGCCAGCACCUAUAUAUUGUUGGGUUGGUAAGGUAAUAAAAGGACUAAUGCUUCCUUUAAAAUCAUACUAUUAAGUACAAAUAAACCUUGCGAAUAGUACAUCUUUCACAGUACUGUUUGUUUCAAAUGCUACCUCCAGACGUGGUGACCAUGCAUAUAAAGCUGGAAGUUAUUUCUAAUCCAACUGUCAAUCAAUAAACUUGUUUGAUAGAUUCAAAAAAAAAUACUGCUUCAAAGCUUCAAUAUUACUUUUUUGAAAUCUCACCUCAAUUUUUUUGGUAUUAACACCUAUAUUAUUUUAUUGUUUCAUAUUUUCAGAAAAUUUUGGUAUAAAUUUUCGUAAAGCCGAUUAUAAAAUCGUUUUUGCACCAUAAUUGGUUACUUUUACUUUGCAUUAGGGAAGGUUUAAAAAGGAGGAGAUAAGUCGCAAUGUUGACAUCAUCCACUUUGUAUUGAAGUUUUGUUAAGUCUAGAGGCCACAUGUUCUAUGCGGAACAUGAAAUCUCAUGAGAUUAAAUUUAAGUUUUUAAAAAUUCAUAAUUAAUUAUCUUGAUAUUUAUAAAUAUUUGUCAAAACUAAGGAAAUAUAUUUUUAUAUGCUACACAGUAAAUGUUAUUGCAAUUGUGCCAGGUGCCGCUCAAUUUUGAUUUUUUUAUCUCGGACUAAAACAAUACAUUCUAUUUCUAAUGUGUAUUUAAGAAUUUGUUUUUGGCAACCUUUCGCAUAAACUAAACUUUUUUUGUAGAAAAUGACUGACUGAUCAUCAUCAUCGAAAACUUGGAACUGGUGUAACAUUUUGAAACAGUGCAUUAUCGAUGUAUCUCCUUCUUACACACCUCCAUCAUUGACAUACUUUGUAACAUUCUGAUUGUAACACAUCUGUUGAACUCAUGGCUUUUGGUGUGGGUUGAAAAUUGUGCAAUUUAGUCGCAGCUCGUUAAAAUAUUGAAAAAGGUGAUAUUGGAUCCAACCCAAAGUACUUCGGGGCUGAAUCCUUGUAAGGUUUGUGGGCUAACUCAGUAUAUGUAUGUCGAUUUUUAUUUAUUUAUAUAAAUAUACAUCAUGUGGUUUUAGAAGGCGUUGCAAAUUUAUUCCUUUUCGGAGUUAUUUAUUUGCACUGAUUUGUUUAAUUUAAUUCAAUUUAAUUGACUUUAAUAUAUUAUUUAAGACACCCCAUAAUAUCAAAUAAUGUGUCUGCUGUUUUAUCUAAAUUUGCAAAAUUUAUUUUUACUUUCUUUUUUAAGGCAUCAAAAACUAAUUUUUAUUUUAUUGUCUAUUUACUUUAUUUAUUUUAGUAUUGUAAAUCUUUAUUAAACGAAAUUCUGUUUACCUCUUUCCAUAAAAAAAAUCUGUCGCUUAACUGCCUUAUAAAAAAAAACGUUAUACAUUGUAUUGUUUCCAAAUUUAAGACUUAAACAUUCCAUAUAAUUUGGUUCAUAAUUUCAUGGCGGGGUAAUAGCAAAAUGCCAUUUCUUCCAUUUGCAGCAUUGAUAAAUACUGUAAUGUUGCUUCUGAAUAACCCUUUAUUCAUAUUUUAAUUACUGCAUAAAUUUUAUAUUAGAAAUGUAAUAUAAUUAAACUUAAAAAAGUGAACGCUUAUAAGGAUCUUUAAGUGGUAGUGUUUUGUGCAAAACAGACUGCAAUAUUUUAAGAUGUUAGUUAAGAUAUCAGCCAGUAAUAUUUUUAAGAUAAAAGAAUUUUUACAUACUAGACAUAUUUUUAUCUGUGAUUUUUGUAUCUUUUGUUUUAGAAUCAUGUUACAGUUACAUAGAGUUUUUACUUAUUUCCUUCCUUUUUGAAAAAAUAUUGUUUAAUUUAGCCAUUAUUGGAUAUUAUUGGAUUGGUAUAUAAGCAUUUUUUUUUGUAGAACUUUUUUUUAUUCAUUUAUAAUUGGAAUAUUUAUAAAAUAUAAAACUUUGUAAGACUGUUUAAAAAUUUGCGAUUAAACAUUAUACAAUUUUACUGCAACUAAAAAAGAAUCUACGAAACUAAACUUCUGUUUUUAAUUUGAAGUUCUUCCCCGCACUCUAUGUAACUGUGGUUUUGUGCCACAUAAUUAACAAAAACUUGUAAUUAUAUAUUUCUGAGCCAAAAGAGCUAACAACAUUUUUAUUUCAUAAAUACUCGCUUUUGGCAACAACGUUUUAUCGCAAAACUAACCAAGUUGACAGUUUGAUAGUAUUGGGUUAGUUGCAGUGCUGAAAAUUCAUGCAUCAGUUUUGUUAAUUUUUUUGUUUGAUUUGCCAAGAAACUCUCAAAACUUUAGAUUUUUGUAAAAGUUAUAAUUGCGCUUAACUUUUGAGUUUUGAGAGUUGCACUGGCCAUUGUACAUAUAUCUAGAACAAGAAGUGUAAAUAUUGCCAAAACGGUAAAUGAUGGAAAGAAAUUUGUUAAUAAAACAAGCAAUCUGUAUGUGUAUCAAUAAUUUAUGGAUUAUUUUUAUGAUAAAAAAAGUAAAAAGUAUUUGUAAUUCACACUUUUUUAUUUAAAACUUAAAACUCGUGCACAAAGACACCAAUACAUUGAACAUAAGCUCCCACCCUCACCCCCUGUAGAUGAUUAAGGUGAAUUCUUAAAUGAAAAUCCCCAUUUUUUCGUGAGGUUUCUCAUUUCAAAUGUUCUUUUAUUCUCCAACGGUAAAUAGUAUUUUUACAUAUGUCAAAAAAUUUCAAGGAAACAUUAAAUAUGUAAAACUACGAAUCGAACUUUAUUCUUAUUUCGGACGAAAGGUGUAGAAACAAAUAUAUCCCAUCAUCAUCUAAAAGUUUCUAAAAUUGUAUUUUACAUUUGUAACACUACACGAAACAACAAUGCA